GCGGCGGAGGGCUGGGAGCGCGCGGAGCCGGAGGCGCGGGCAGGGGCCGGGGGCACCGGGAGGCCCGGGGACGUGGCAGCCGCCCCGCCCACCGCAAAGUCGGCUAGAAGUUUGCCGGGUGCGGGAGCAGGACCGGCGCGCUGACCAUGAACGUGUUCCGAAUCCUCGGCGACCUGAGCCACCUCCUGGCCAUGAUCUUGCUCCUGGGGAAGAUCUGGAGGUCCAAGUGCUGCACGGGCAUCUCUGGGAAGAGCCAGAUCCUUUUUGCUCUCGUCUUCACCACCAGGUACCUGGACCUGUUCACCAACUUUAUCUCCAUCUACAACACAGUAAUGAAGGUGGUUUUUCUCCUCUGUGCCUAUGUCACAGUGUACAUGAUCUAUGGGAAAUUUCGGAAAACGUUUGACAGUGAGAAUGACACAUUCCGCCUGGAGUUUCUUCUGGUCCCAGUCAUUGGCCUUUCCUUCCUUGAGAACUACAAUUUCACUCCACUGGAGAUCCUUUGGACUUUCUCCAUCUACCUGGAGUCAGUGGCCAUCCUACCCCAGCUCUUCAUGAUUAGCAAGACUGGAGAGGCUGAGACCAUCACUACUCACUACCUGUUCUUCCUGGGUCUGUACCGGGCACUCUACCUGGCUAACUGGAUCAGGCGGUACCAGACUGAGAAUUUCUAUGACCAAAUCGCAGUGGUGUCUGGAGUAGUACAAACCAUCUUCUAUUGUGACUUCUUCUACUUGUAUGUGACCAAAGUCCUUAAAGGAAAGAAGUUAAGUCUUCCAAUGCCAAUUUGAUGGCCCUCAGAGAUGGUCUACACCCUAACAAGGACAUGGAACAAACCAUUUUGACUGUUCUCCUUGAAAACCAUGACAUCAAAUGUUAAUUCUAUCUAUAACUUCUCAUCAAUAGGAUCUCCUUAAAUACUCAUCAUGGAAUGGUGCCUGACAACAGGAACAAACCUUAAGGUGCCUAACUCAUCAAUGGGUCAAAUAAGCUAUUGUUAAGGCCCUGGGGUGAGACUCAUGCCAACAGUGAACCCCAAUCUAGAAAGAUGUCCUUCUGUGUAUAAGAAUGCCUCAACUGAAGACCAGGUGAAUUAUUAGGAAUAUGCUCUUGUGGUAAUUUCCAUUUUCCAAGAAAGAGACCAAAUUUAGGCGGUCAAGAUAGAAAAGUGAUAGCGUUCAAGUGUGAAAUGUUACUGCACUUCCAUACUCCUUUAAGCCAUAAGCAAAUCUAAUUCACCAGCUUUGGCUGGAGUUAAGCAGUUUCAUGCCUCACCUGUAAAACACUGGCUUGAGUCUUACUUUUGCUCACACUUAGCCCUGCACUGAGUACCUCAACCCCAAUAACCACCCUAGGUGGGUAUCAUCAGCAUAAUCACCAUUUUACUGAAGAGCAAAGAGAUGCCCAAGCCCUUACCAGUAGGUAUCCUGCCUUAUUUUGUGACUCAAAUUCUUGGAUUAAGACCAAUCAAUCCCACCUUUCUUUUAGUUUUAGGUGCUAAUAUGAGUAGUCAAUCCAACACCCCCAACCUUAGGAAGCAAACAAAAACUAUUUUAAGAGGAGUACCAUUGAUCUAUUCAGAGAAGAAUUUUUAAUCAAUAAAAACUUCACACCUUAUUGUCAACAGUGUUUUUAUUUAUACCUACAAAAGAAAACAAGAUGGUAUCAAAAGGACAAUUUACAAACUAAGAAUAGUAACAUAGCUCUUAGCAUCCUCUGCCUGAACA